CAGGCCGUCGUGUGCCACGAUGAGCAGCCUCACCUCCUUCUUCCCUUCAAGGCUUUUGGGCUCCAUGCAUUCCAAUCCGCGCGACCGGCAGACAGAUCCUCUCUCUCGGCUUCGCUUCACCCUCGAGACCAUGCCUGGCUCGAGGAAGUACAACUUCACUGCAGCCACACGAGCAGAAAUCCUCGCCGAACUCUACGAUGCUUUCUGGGGAUCCUAUGCUCAUCUUUUCCUUCCCAACUCAAACUCCUCUCUCCCCCUCCAUGCCACCCUCAGUGAAGUCCAGGCCAGUGUUGGUCAACCCAAGGAGACUCAGGUUGUCCCGGGCAGGCAGUGUGGUCACAUCUUCAAGAAAGGAGAGAGUUGCUUUCGUUGCAAGGACUGUGCACUUGACGAUAGCUGCGUUCUCUGCUCGCGAUGCUUCAACGCUACCGACCACACAGACCACAACGUGAGCUUCUUCAUCGCUCAACAGCCUGGUGGUUGCUGUGACUGUGGAGAUGUUGAAGCAUGGCGCCAACCCAUCGAUUGUCCCUAUCAUCCUCCCGCUCCCGAGACCGUCGAAUACAUCGCUUCAUUCGAGUCUCGGACUCUACUCAACACACCUCGCGCUCAUCCGAAGACCCUAACCGGUCAAGACAUCCCUCCAGUCAAGAACUAUCCACACAGAGCGUUUGUUCCCCCAGAGCUAAAGGAAAGCAUCUGUCGCACGAUGGGCUACGCCGUCGACUUUGUUCUUGAUACCCUGGACUCCUCCCCUGACGAGACAAUUGUCCCUGUCAGCGAGACUGACCUUCGCCUACAACCCACUGGCGACCCUCUCAUGCACGAUCUAUUCGCCGUUGUCAUAUGGAACGACGACAAGCAUUCUUUCGACGAAGUCAUUGAACUCCUCCACGAUAUUACCAACCGUUCUCGUGAGGAAGCUGCCCAAGUCGCUGACCGCAUAGACGAACAUGGCCGUGACAUCAUCGAAAUGUCCACCAACAGUGCUCGUCUGCUGGAGAUUGCUCAGGCCGUUGCUCAGAUUGAUAUAGGUGUCACCGUACGACGAGCCUUCGACACGUUCCGCGAGCAGGUGUCGGCUGUCAUCAUAGAGUGGCUCUUAGAUCUCACUCGUAGUCGACUCAGCUCUGAUACACUUAUUCUCCGGGAACUCCUCGCGAUGGAACUGCUCUCCCCACGACGGAACUCUUCGCUACUUUCCGCCCAGGAUCCCAACCGCGUGCUUCCGGAUAUCCAUGAGCCUACCAGGCUUGACUGGCUCUUCCUCUACCACGCUCGCCUAUGGAAGAAGCCUCGCUUGAAUCUCAAAGAGAUCUACGCGUCUCUGUUGACCGUGAGCCACGAACACAAACUAGCAACCGCGUCUCAUUUCGCCAGUGUCUACCAUCGAAUCAUCGAUGCGUACCUCCUUAGCGAUCGCGAAGCCGAGACCUCCAUCAAGUACUUCGCGCUCCAACUGUUUACUGUCGCUUCUGUCGCCCUGUACAUUGUGCGGCACCACAACAUCGUCUCGCGUCUUCUCGCUAUCAUCUCUGCGUUCUUCACCAACCAAAUUCAAGACAAGCGUAUCAUAUUCCCACCCAAUCCCGAGGCGGAAAUUGACGUCGACACCUUUCCGUUCAAAUCCAAACGCUUCAUGCCCGUCUUCAGUGACUUGCGCUAUCUAUGUCACAACGAACCCGUCCAACAGUUGAUCGCUCACAAUCACGAGUUCAUUAGCCAAUUCGCGAAGACUUGCCAGAUCUUCAUGUGCAUCAAUCCGAACAAACGUGCGGCCUCGAGUCACGUCGAAUACGAAACCGAUGCGUGGAUCAGCGUUUUCAACGUGACGCUUUCCCUCUCCCGAGUCAUCAAGGUGUAUGGAGAGGCAUACUCGAAAGCGACCGUCGGAGAACUCGUCGCCGCCAUCAACACGGUCAUGCACCAUAUCCUGAUGUGUAUCACUGUUGUCGACGAGCGGCGCGAUCUCGCGCGUUUCCCACCCGUCGAGUUCCACGAAGUGGUCUAUGGGGAAACCACGUACAAGAUCAUCGACUUCGAUGUCAUGGACGGCUCCAUCAGCUUCCACCAUUCGUUGCAAUGGCUUCUCGCGGAGCUCUUCAAGCAUGUCGACAUCUUGGAUGAAUCUUCGCUUAAGACAGUGGGCCUACGUAGCCUCAGGGACGUCUGCCUAAACAAGGCGAGCGAGGAGGCCAUGCUCACAAUCAUUGAUUACCCGCUCCGAGUACUCGCCAUGAUUGCCCAAAUCCGGACGGGUCUCUGGGUUCGCAACGGCUUCGCUAUCCGAGGACAACUCCUACACUACCGGGACUUCAUGCUACGGGAACUAUGCUAUGACCAGGAUCUCUUCAUCCUCCAGACUGCUCUCGUUGUGCUCGAUCCCAACGCCGUCAUUGUCAGCAUGCUUGACCGCUUCCAGCUCCUCGGUUAUUUCUCAGGGGCUACCCUCCACCCUUCCUAUGACGCUUCCCACUUGUCCGGCAUGGUCGAGGAGUUCCUCUAUGUCUUGGUGACUGUUCUCACUGAGAGCGCCAGCGCGACGAAGAUGCCACUGCCCAUCGCAGUACGGCGGGAGAUUGUACACGCCCUUGCUGUGGGACCUUGCACAUUCACCGAUCUCGUGAAGCGCGUCGCAGAGCGGAUGGUUGACGACGUCUGCUUCGAGCGCGUGCUGAAGGAGGUAGCAAACUUCAGGCCACCAGAAUCAACGGCGGACUUGGGGACAUACGAGUUGAAGGAUGAAGCAUUCGAUGAGGUUAACCCCUUCUUCUAUCAUUAUACUCGAAACAAGCGUGAAGAGGUCGAAGUCGUGCUUCGCAAUCGGCUACGGAAGAAGCUUGGCGUUCAUGACCCCGUCGUGGUACCCAAACCACUGAAUAUCACCAAGGGCCCAUUCGUCGUCCUACCCUCUAUCUUCGAGUCCGAGGUUCUUGUCCAGAUCUUCUUCUACGGCAUCUAUAACGUUGUGACUCUCACCGACGCCACAGGAGCCGCACCACCAUCCGCCGAAGCUAUCCUUGAUCAAAUUCUGCAUCUUACGAUGGUCGCCUGCGUGGAACGGCCCCAGAUCUUCAGCGGCCUCGCAGUAUACAAGACGUACGAGGAGGGCAAGACGCUGUUGGAGGUGCUCUGUACCUUUGAGUAUCACGAGAAGUAUCCAACAUACAAGGCUCGCGUGCAGUGGCUUGUUGAUCAGAUUGCCAGGCACCAACCGAGUCUGGUUCAAGCGCAUCGUCGAGUCCCUGACGAGUCAAAGGCAGACGCGGAGGAUCCUAAGGAAGCGAAGAAAAGAGCUGCAAAGGCUAGACAAGAGGCGAUUAUGCGGCAAAUGAAGGCUCAGCAGGCCAGUUUCGCCGUGAAUUUCGAGGAUAUCGAUGAUGAGGAAGACGAUGAGCUAAUCGACACCCCCGAGACACCCGUCUCCUACGGGACCUGCAUCGUGUGCCAGGAGGAGCUCAACAACUCGAAGUCCUUCGGCUCGCUUGGUUUCAUCCAGCCUAGCAGGCAGCUCCGUCGUCACCCUGACGGUCUCCAGUCGUACACGAACGAGGCUCUUAACUGUCCGGAGUCACUCGACAGAGCGGCGACGACCACCUCCGAUAUGUCGUUCCCUCCGUCGAGCUCUGAUAUCAAAGCGGUGAAACAUAUCCACGGGACAAACUUCGACGCUUUCCCCUCUUCUUCCACUCGUUUCGGCCUCCAUGCGUCUAUCUGUAGUCAUAUGAUGCACCUCGAUUGCUUCACUGUUUAUAGUGGAUCUAUCCGUCAACGUCACCGGAAUCAGGCGACGCGGAAUCAUCCCGAGAGCAUUCCUCGCAAGGAGUACAUCUGCCCGCUUUGCAAAAGUUUGGGUAACGUUAUCCUCCCCGUCGUCGCGCCCAAGACCCCUGAAGUGAACACCGUCCCUUUCCCGGACUGGAUUCGAGCCGCAAGUAUCAGCAUCUUGAAGUCGAAGCCAGAUCCCGUUCUCGAAUCCUUGCAAUUCCGCACAGGCACGGGCGAAUUCGUGUUUUGGACUGCGCAAGACUCUGCGUACCAGUCCCACCUACGGGUCAUCGAUAGACCUGAUAACACGGAGCUGCACAAGAUGGUCGACACCGUCAUGGUGGUAGCGAAAAACGUCUCGCAGCAGUCCAGGCACCUGCGGGAGCGCGCCGAACCCGAGCCAGGUGAAAGGGGCGCGGGGAUGUACCUUCCUGAGGAGCUCGUCGGGUAUACAGUAUCUGCGUUGGAGGUCGCCCUACGCGGUCAAGGCACUGUCGGCAAAACGGUUGCCGAUAGCGUCACCGACUCCCAGUACCGUAUGGUUCGCGGUCUUCUGACUUGCCUCACCAAGCUAGUCGCGCUGAAUUUCAAAGGUCGGCCGGAUGAAGGGCGAGAGGCUGUCCGCCAGGCGAUCAUCAAGCGGUUGCUGCCGGAGUGGAGUCGAACGUCCUUUACAUCCUUCUCACACCCCCUGCUUCUUCGAGAUCCUUUCACUAUCCUGAUCGAGACGGCCGCCGUCGCACCCGAGAUGCUCAAACACGCACUGGUCCUCACUUACUACGCGUAUCUCGCUCGUGCGGUUGUUGGCCUCGUCUAUGUCCUCAACAAGAGCAGAAGCGGUCAGACUACGGUGGUCGACACGCGGAAGUACGAAGACAUUUUUGGCGACACUCGGAUGUUCUUCAUGUCCGUGGUCCGCCACUCUCCUAUAUUUGAGCAAGCAGCCGAUGGGGUCUUCCUUUCUUUUGGAGAGGCACGCAUAGAACAGCUGCUCUACAGUUUCACGCUUCCCUUCCUACGUCGCGCCUUGAUCCUUUGUCGCGCUGCCCUGCCAAACGCCUUCGUCGCGCCCUCGGAUUUAGAUCCGUCCGCAUGCGAAUACCGCCGACUGCUCAGUAUCAUGGAGAUCCCGUCUCUUGCUGACCUCCCGAAGCACGACACGCUCCAGAAUGCCCUCUCUGGGUGGUGCGCACAUUAUGGUCACUCACAAGCAGCCUCGCAACUGAACUGUGGCGUCAUGCUUGAGUACCCCCUCAUUUAUCGUCUGGCGCGACUUCCACUCGUCCUUGACCAUCUAUACCUUGACCAAGACAAGACGAUGGUCUGUUCACGGUGCAGGACCGUCCCCCUCGACGCUGCGAUAUGCCUCUUCUGCGGCACGACAUGUUGCUUCCAGAGCCACUGUUGCAUGGACCUCGACAACCAGUAUCGUGGGGAAUGCAACAUGCACACACGGGAGUGCUCUGGGCCCAUUGGGCUCUACUUCCUUGUCAAGCGAUGCUCUUUGCUGUACCUAUAUGCCAACAACGGCGCGUUCGGCCAGUCGCCUUACCUCGACGUGCACGGAGAGGUGGACGUGUCGAUGAGACGAGGACGGCGCCAAUACCUGCAUCAUGCGCGUUGGGAAGAUGUGCACAAGAUUUGGCUGAACCACGGCGUUCCGACAUUGAUUGCACGACGGCUCGAAGGCACGGUUGACAACGGUGGUUGGGAGACGCUCUAAUGAUUCAUGGAACCAUGGACUAUACGCAUCACCUCAUUACGGAUUAGAAAGCAAUAACGCGAUGUAUCCUAGUAUCCAAUGUAACCAUAAUCUCGGUGUCGAAGGAAGUGGAUUGUGCCUCAGAUCAAUGCUUGCAGCCUCGCGAUACUCCACUCCGGCCCCAAGACGUAGAGAAUGUCAGCGACGCUCGGACCGGUCUUCAUAGCAGUCAGGGCAUGCCGAAGGAUGGUCAUGUAUUCCUUCUGCUUCAGGGACGACUUUGCGUUCUCGUCAUGGAGCAUUUCUGCGAGCACAGGAACAUCCCAGCUGGCCGACACGCCACGCAGCCGAGAUAGUAAGCUAUGAAUCACUACGUCAUAAUGGUCGUCUGAGAGCGUUUGGCGCAUUUUUUGUGCCUCGGCAGACGAGUACUCGGGCUCGCGGAAGAAGAACGGGGCCAGAGACGGUAGAUCGCUCAGUUUCGUGGUUCGGCCCUGCAGGGCGAAGAUGACGCGUUCUAGGUGAGACGUUGCACUAUGUGGACUGUCUGGAUAUGCCUCUUUGACGUAUGGUUUUGCACGCUCAGCCAGUGAUUGAAGACCACCAGGGCUUGACAUGAGCUGCAUGAGGUGGUGCUUGUUGAUGAACUCCAAUUUGACGGGAUCCAGCACCGAGCGUCGGUGGGUCACGACCGAGAAGUCAAAGUUCCGGAUCAUCUCUUCCAUCGACAUGAUCGUGGUGCUAUCGGGUGCUUGUUUGGACGAUGGCGAUGGCGACGAGCUCGAUGCGUCGUGUUGCACACCCCAACCCGCCAGUGCGAGCCAGUUGAGAACGGCAUUGGGUUCCCAGCCACGUCGUGCAUAUUCCAGAACCUGUACAUCGCCCUUCCUCUUCGACAUCUUGGUUCCAUCCGGAUUCAAGAGAAUCGGGAGAUGAGCGAACUGCGGUGAGGGCAGACCCAAUGCAGCAUACAAGUCAAGAUGUAGUGGCAGAGAGGGGAGCCAUUCCUCGCCACGGACGACGUGGGUGAUGCCCAUCUCAUAGUCAUCGACCACCGAUGCUAAGUGAUAUGUUGGGAACAGAUCCGACUUGAGCAACACGGGGUCGGUCGGUAACGACGCAUGAGCGUCUUUGAGAUUUCUGAAGACUAGGUCAAAACCGGGUGGCCGGACGGGGAGCCUACCAUCGUUUAACCUCACGAUGGACUUUUCUCCGGCACGAACUCUCCUUGCAGCUUCCUCCUCGGUGAGGUGUAGACAGGUCUUGUCAUAAGUGGAGUUUGAGCCAGUACGAGCAAGCUUUUCGCGAGUAGCUGCUAGCUUGUCCGGAGAACAGAAGCAGCGAUAUGCGUGACCGGAAUCGAGUAGCUUGUUUGCAUACGAGUGGUAUAGGUCGAGACGCUCUGACUGAUAGUACGGCGCAUGUGGACCACCCUUACUGGGCCCGUAGUCGUAGUCAAGACCCGCCCAGUCCAACGCGUUGCGGAUACCGUCAACCGCACCGGGAACAGCGCGCGACCUGUCAGUGUCCUCUAUUCUCAAUAUCCACUUGCCACCGGUCUUCCUGGCGUAGAGAUAGUUAUAGAGCGCUGUCCGUAGACCGCCGAGAUGGAGUGCGCCGGUUGGAGACGGCGCGAAGCGUAACAAGGGCGCCAUGAGAGUCGUAUGUCGACAAUGAUGCUGUUCGCAAGC